GUGAGCGAUGCAUUCUAUAGUUCGCAACCGUUUGGUGAAUGAGUGAGUGAGGUGAGUGUGGUGCAUUGCGGUGUGGAGUGAGUGACCGGUGGUGGGAUAUGGGAGACACACUGCCGGUGGUGGUGGCUGCCGGUGUGAGAGUGUGGCGAGUGGAGGAAGCAGCCCAGGUGUGGGUCAGGGAGGCAAGCGUACAGACAGCAGUGAGGGAGUCGACACGGCACGGGGCGUCGCGUGGCCCUGUAGCAGCAGCAGCAGCAGCAGCGGGGCAGGCAGGGAGGAAGCAGUGUUGCAGCAGACUGUGCUGAGUGCGUGUCUUUAUCAGCACCCGCUCCUCUCCCUCUCUCACUCCCACUCCCUCUCCACCACCACCACCACCACCACCGCCGCCUCUCCCUCACCAACCAACCCUCAACACUUCCUUGCCGCCUCUCAUCCGCCGAGUUGCGACAGUCAGUCUCGGGCAGGGAGUGACAAGGCCAGCACGUGUAGCGCAGCGCAGCGCCCGGCAUAGUGACUGCUAUGUGUCAGAGGACAAACCAAUGCGACAAUCCGUGCAGUGAAUCUGAGAGAAGCAGUGAAGAAAUCUCGGUGCGUUCGAUGAGAAAAGUGUUACAGGAAUGUAAAGUUUCCCGCAAGGAGGAGUGCUCGGGGCAAGGCCUCGAGUGAGCACGUGAGUGCUAUGCUGGUGGUAACGCCGCACAGGAGCAGGAGGAGAGAGGAGCGACGUGUGGCAGACGCUGCUUCCAGACGUGAAGGAGAAACAGAGGAAGGGGGAGGGAAAGCGAGAGUCCAGAACUACAGCUACAUCACCAAGUUCGGGUGGGUGUUUCCCCGCACCAAGUCGAGGCGGCAGGGCGUGGUGGAUGCAGUGUGGCUGCGGGAGUUCAGCCAAGACAUCUCAACACUGCAGUCGGAGAUCAGAAAGCAGGCGGUGUUUGCUUACGGUGAUGAAAAGCCGCGUCAUUCAAAAGACAGUUUACGGACAGAGUGUGACAGUGAGUGCUGUGGUGCAAGCAUGAGUAACUGUAAAGAGCGUGUUAGUGUUCCCGAAAUGGCCACCAGUUCUCGAGUGGCUAUGAACUCCUCGGUGCACACGCGUAGCCUGGAGUCCAGUCAUGACAGCUGUGGGGAGGGGAGUGGCGGCGGGGGGAACACACGGGCUUGUUCCUCCAGUCAGGGACUCAAUAAAGUGAAGGUACAAGUAUUGGUUCACGAAGAGGAGUCUUCUAGGAACGAAAAGCCGUUUGUGUUAGACUCGAGAUUCAACACAUACACAGUCGGUGCCAAGUGUGACGAGUACAGUAGCAUGCAGAGUGACAUCUCGCGCGACAGUGGCAUCUACUCCACAGAUGACUCCAGCCUGGUCUCCGAGGCGUCAGGGGAUAAAUCGUUGCUUCAGGAACUCGGGGAUGUCCUCGGUGACCAAGACGUGUCCCUCGAGGCCUGCAUACACUGUGGCUCGUUGCCCAUUGAGGACAUCAUAACGGCCAGUAAGGAGAAUGCCAGCCGUCCAGUGUGGCUAGCGAGGUUCAGCAGCACCAAUGAUCUGUCGACGGAGUGGGGAUCUCAGGAGUGGGAGGUAGGACAGAGCCCAGAGAUGUCCCCACUCAGAUGCCUCACGCCUAUGGAGAGGAGGAAUCACUGCGCCUUGGAGGACAGCGACAGUCAUGACACACCGCCUGCGUCAGCAGGUGAUGUGGAGGAGGGACUCAAAGUAAACCAAUGCAUGAAUUGUGAGAAACUCAAUGAAGAAUCUCCAUUGAACAUUUCCCCAUCGCAGCACGUCUCUGAGCUGGCCAAAUUCACCCAUUCCUUUCAGGUCCUCAGCAUGCGACUUGAGGACCUGCGCUUGGGUAUGGAAUGCCUCGCAGGGGAAGUGAACGAGAGCAAGAGUGACUUUAUUAGCCUGGAGAAGCGGGCGGGGCAAGUAAUGACCUCGACUGCGAACUCCCGGCAACAGCUGACGAGGGUUCGGGCACUGCAGCUGCUGGAGGACCGCCUGCAGGAGGAGUGGUGGGCGGCGUAUGAUCCCACUAGCGUUUCUUGUCACGAGAACUACAUUGUAUGAGGAGGACGUCAUAUAUUGUACUAUAUAGACAACACGCAUAGAUAUUAAUAAUAUAGCUAUGUAUAGGACUACCUUUUAUACUGUAUAUGUGUGUGUGUAUAUGUAUGUAUGUGCGAGUGUAUGAAUGAACACAACACCAAUAUACCAAACGAAACAAAAUUAUCAUAUACAAACUAAAUAAAGCCCGCAAAAACUGA